UUGUUGAGACCACAAAGGUUCGAGGAGAGGAUCAUUCAAGAUCAUCUAGUGCCAUCUCGGAACGCAAAAGUCGAGACAAAGAGAAGAAAAAUUCUGCAGUAUCCAAACGCAAAAACUCCAGUAGUGAAGAUGACAGUAGCCGCAGUUCUUCCCGAAGCUCAUCUGCUUCUUCCACAUCAUCAAGUUCCUCGUCUUCGUCAAGCAGUGGGUCAUCUCGUUCAUCCUCCUCUUCAUCAUCCUCAUCUGGAUCUUCAGUUAAAUCUAAGUCAAAGGACAAACAGGAUAAGAAGAAGGAAAAUAAGAGCACAACAGUUUCAGCAAAAAUUGAUGCUAAAAAGGCCAGUAACAACAAGAGCAGCCCUACCAAGAAAGAAAGUGUCACUGCUACUAAGACUAAAGUGGUUGCAAGUCACUCCAAAAGCAGGUCUCAGUCGCCACGCAACCGUCGUCGACAGCGCAGCCCAACCCCUCGCCCCACCCGCAUACACGUGGGCAGGCUGACCAGGAACGUCAACAAGGAGCACCUCUUGGAGAUAUUUUCUGUUUACGGCACCGUGAAGAGUGUUGAUCUACCGAUGUAUGAUGUGCGCCUGAACCCGACACUGAAUAAGGGCUAUGGCUACAUCGACUUCGAGACUCCCGACGCGGCAGAGGACGCUAUGAAGCACAUGGACGGCGGCCAAAUCGAUGGCCAGGAGAUCUCCGCUGCGCCAGUCCUCGUCCCGCGGGUCGCGGCGCCGCGCAGGCCGCGCUCCCCUCUGCCUCUGUACGGCAUGCCCCCUCGUCGCCCUGCUCCCGCCCGCGCCUGGCGCUCCCCUCCGAGGAUGCCGCCUCGGGCUGGCAGACGCUGGUCGCCUCCUCGUGGUGGGCGCCGCAUGUCACCGCCACGCCGCUCGCCGCCUGUCCGCCGUCGAUCUCGCUCACCUCUUCCCUCCCGACGCUCGAGAUCACCCAUGCCUAGGCGAUCAAGAUCUCCGAUGCCGAGGCGAUCACGAUCACCUAUUGCUUCGCGUCGAUCUCGAUCUCCUAUCGCCAGGCGAUCUCGAUCUCCCGUGGCUGGCAGGAAAGGAAGCCGAUCUCCUCCCCCGCCACGCAAGGGCAGCAGAUCACCGCCCCUCAGGAGGUCUCGGUCUCCCCCGCCUCGUCGCUCGCGGUCUCCGAGGUCUCCUCCUCGCCGACGCCGGUUCUCGCGUUCUUCAUCUUCCUCGUCUCGCUGAGCAAUUCCACCGAUUGUGCAGUCUGCACCUGCAACUCGUCUUUGGCAUCUGUGUUAAAUUGUAUGCAGCACCCUUCAGUUGUCUAACCAGUGCUGCCGGAAAAUAAUUCCCAACUCACAAUGUGGAAUCCCAUUAGUUGUGGAACAAUCCCAAAGAACUUUCGAUUGAAAAUAACACAGUUCGACUAAAUGAAAUUAACGGAUGUCGAAUUUGUUUUUUGUGUAAGUUGAGUUAUAGUACCUAGUUAGCUGCAAGGUCGUGAGGUGCUUGAAGUGAGGGUAAAGUAUUGAAGACCCGUACUUUCAGGUUAAUUUAAGUAAUAAAAUUUUCAUGUGAUUAUGAAUUUGCUUGAGCUCGUGUAAGGAGGACAUUUUUGCGACAGUAAAAACUUUAUGUUCAA